CCCCCCUCCGAGAGUCACGUAGCUCUGCGGCAGCAGAAGCUCUUUUAGCAGCCGUCGGAGGAGACGCGCAGCCCGGAGAAAAAUCAACAGCAGCAGCGACGCCGGCGAGAGACCCGUCAAGGGAAAAGCAGCCAAGAUGACUCAUCAGUAUCCGGCCCUCACCCCUGAGCAGAAGAAGGAACUCUCGGAUAUUGCCCAGCGCAUUGUGGCCCCUGGCAAAGGCAUCUUAGCCGCUGAUGAAUCCGUAGGCAGCAUGGCCAAGCGCCUGAACCAGAUUGGGGUGGAGAACACAGAAGAGAACCGGCGGCUUUACCGGCAGCUCCUCUUCAGCGCUGACAGCCGGAUCCAGAAUUGCAUCGGCGGCGUCAUCUUCUUCCACGAGACCAUGUACCAGAAGGCGGAUGACGACACACCUUUUGUCGAGAUGAUCAAGGACAAAGACAUUGUUGUGGGCAUCAAGGUGGACAAGGGCGUUGUGCCCCUUGCUGGGACUGAUGGAGAAACCACAACUCAAGGCUUGGAUGGCUUAUCUGAACGCUGUGCUCAGUACAAGAAGGAUGGAGCCGACUUUGCCAAGUGGCGCUGUGUCCUGAAGAUCAGUGAGAACACUCCUUCCUCCCUGGCCAUCAUAGAGAAUGCCAACGUGUUGGCACGCUAUGCAAGCAUCUGUCAACAGAAUGGCAUAGUCCCGAUUGUCGAGCCAGAGAUCUUGCCGGAUGGGGACCACGACUUGAAGCGCUGCCAAUAUGUGACCGAGAAGGUACUGGCUGCUGUGUACAAAGCACUCAGUGACCAUCAUAUCUACCUGGAGGGCACAUUGCUGAAACCCAACAUGGUGACGCCCGGCCACGCCUGCCCCACCAAGUACAGCCCUGAAGAGAUUGCCAUGGCAACAGUGACUGCUCUGCGUCGGACUGUACCACCUGCUGUUCCAGGUGUCACCUUCCUGUCUGGGGGGCAGAGUGAGGAAGAGGCCUCCAUCAACCUGAAUGCCAUCAACAACUGCCCCUUGCCUCGGCCCUGGGCCCUGACCUUCUCCUACGGCCGAGCCCUGCAAGCCUCGGCCCUCAACGCUUGGCGUGGCCAGCGGGAGAAUGAGAACAUGGCGACGGAGGAGUUCAUCAAACGGGCAGAGGUGAAUGGUUUAGCCGCUCUUGGCCAGUACGAAGGCAGCGGAGAUGGGUCUGGUUCGGCCGGGCGAUCCCUCUACAUUGCCGACCACGCAUACUGAGCUUUCCCCGGGGCCUUCCCACGGAGAGACCCCCCCACUCUGCUACCUUCCAUUCCAGUCACACCCAGCUUUUCGACUGUAGCUGCAACAGGAGCUAAGUAGCCGUGGAGUGUCCAGCACCAGAGACGCGAUGCAUGGGAGACGCUUGGAAGAAGAGGAGCCGGCGGCACCCGUUUCUCGUGGAAUCUUGCUGUCGGGAAACGAGAGGCCAGGCCAACCUGAAUAGGGCUGCUGAGCGCGGUCACUGAGAAGCAGUUUGAAACGAGGGGAAGCGCUAGGAAGCUGCUAAGUGUUAUUUGAAUGUGGGGACCAGCCAAAUGGGGCAAAGAGGAGAUAGAUGCAGGGUCAGUCCCAUUGCAGGGGCUCUCCUACACCGUUGGAGAGGAAGGUUCGGGAUGGCGGGGGCCCUGUCACCUUGCCAGCACUCUGCUGUCUGUUCCCACCUGCCCACCUCCUGCCUCUCUCUCUCUCCCUCUCCCUUCCCAGCCGGGAUUGACUGUGCACUUGAGUGUGAGCUGUAGCUUUGCAGGGCUGGUUUGCUUGCUCCUUGCCUGCCCCCCCUUACCCGGCCACACCCACGUGCUUGUGGGCAAGACAGUCGGCGUGUGGGGCAGGGACCGGCCUGUGUGUGUGUCGCUGUGUGUUUUGUGAGAGCUGUGUGCACCUGGUGAUGUACUAAUUAGACCACCAACUAAUAAAAACAGUAGAUGGGUGAUUUUUCCCGCUGCUGCUGCUGCUGC